CAGUGGGCGAGGGUGGGUGGUGCCCCGUCUCCUCAGGCCUCUCCUGACCAGGUGCCCCCAGGAGCCCUUUCAGCUCAGACCUCCAGGGUCAUCAGUUUGAUGGGUUUGGAAAGGUGGGCCUGAAGAAAGGGCGCCUGAUGGGCCACAGUCUAGCGAUGCCUUUUCCUGCUUGUCCCCAUCUUGGUGUCCUCCUCUCUCUUCCCUGAGAAAUCCCUGAAAGGGUAGCUGGUGCUAUUCUUAGCAUGACAGGAUGGCGAGCAGAGAAUGUGCUAGUGCAUUAUUUAUGCCUCUGAGUCAACAGGAUUGCACUCAGGUCUCCCAGAACACGGCCCUCCCCAGCGGCCUUCAUCAGUGUCUUCCCAGGACCCGUGACCCAUCCCUCUGGCCCCGAGCAUCUCUGCUCUGUGCGUCCAGCCCCCACGCUGGGAAAUGGGUCAUGAAAGACAAUGAUGAGCUGGGAUCAGGAAGAAGUUCGAGACGAUAUCUCAUUUCUCACCCAUUCGGGUGCAUAUUAAUCGAGCCUACGACACGUGGUAGGUGUGGGUGCCCUGAUGACCGCUUUGUGGGUUCCUGCCUUCCAGGAGCUCACACUUUAGCCUGCAAGUUAGUGGCGCUCCAGCAUUGCAGAAGCGUGUGUACCAGGCGAGAUGCUGGGUACUUUGCACAAAAGACCUUAUCCUCACAAUCACCCCGAAGGAUAGGAAUUAGGAGACCCCUUCGCAGAGGAGGAAACUGAGGCUUAGCAUAGACAAGGUAGUGAUCUGCUCAGGUGGGAUCUGGACUCAGGUUGGCUGGAACAGAAACACCAUUCCACAUCAAACGGUAGCAUGGAGCAUAAGGGCUUUGGGAACCCCCUGCCCUACCCAGUGAGAAGGGUAUUUCAGCUGGAAGGAAGUUAACCGGCUGAGGUUGUCCCAUUGUCAGCGAACCCCAAGUGACUGGAAAAGUCAGUGCACCUGGAGUGGAAGGACUGUGUUUGCUGUGUACACAGUGCACACUGUGGGCUGGGCUGUGACAAGGCCCCGAGGUGGCGCAUCUAACGAAGCUGGCCCAAGGACUCUGGCUGGGAGCCAAAGACCUGUGUUCUGUGAGAUUCUGGCCAGGCCCCCUGACCUUUCUCUGCCUCAGUUUUCUAGUCUUUAAAAUAGCAUCACAAUCCCUGCUCUACUUCUUUCUCUGACGGAUGUGAAGCUGCUAGGAAAACUAUAAACGUGUGUGCAUGUUCAAGGAUGGUGUAUCACUACAUAGAAUUACUUAUGUAAACAUAUUUUCUCAAACUUAUUUUUUGUUGACGUGGGUCUAUCUGCCAGCCUAUGUUCCAAGCAUUGCCCUCUAUGUUCAUUUAAUUAUAAACACAUUUAUAAAAUCAUGAGCUCUAAAGCCCCCUGGGUCCCCAACCUAGCUGUGCUUCAGAACCCCUCAGGGAGACUGUUAACGUGCAUAUUCUGUGGUCCUGGGUCUGGGGCGGAGCCCAGGAAUCGGCAUGUUGGACACACUCCCUGAGAAAUUCUGCCGCACCCACAGGUUUCCGAUCUGGGCCAGAGAGGGGACAGGACUCGCCUGAGGCCUCGCAAUGCGUUGGAGACCAGGUUGCAGCUAAAACCCAGGCCUGAAGCUCGCAGUCUGGCCUUUUCCUUCUUCUCAUCAGCUGCCCCCUGAGGUCCCUAAAGGCAUGAAGCCAGGGAUGCGGAUGACUGUGAUGAGCGAUGAUGCCAGAAGCGGCUGAUCCUGUUUACAGUGCUGUGCUAGGCAUUUUCAUGGCUUUUCUAUUUAACUGCAGUAGGGGUAGAAAAGGGGACAUGCUCCACAGCAACGUGCUCCCUUGGGACAUUUGAGCAGCAGGUGGCUGAUUUUAAUGUAGCCCUGGAAAUGGGAAACCAUGACUGAGGUGCAGAGAUACGGAGAAGUGAAUUUGAAACCACGCCAUCGGGGCACUUGCCCUCUAGGCAAGGGUGGUCUGGUAACUCAGAGACAGGGCAGGCUGGCAGGAGGGAGACACAUAUGUCCGCUCAUAAGGUGUGUACCCGCUGCACGUGCAUCUGCGUCAGUGUGCCACCUGAGUACCUGUGUGUCUCCACAUGCAUACCGACGGGCGCUAUGCGUGCACACACGGGUGUGUAGGUUCUUCCCCCUCUACGGGUGCACACGCAAAGAGCACCUUUGUGUGUGGGUGUGUGUGCAGAGGAAGAUAUACUAUUGCUGGCUAGGCUCUCACCAGCAUGAGGGAGCUGUCCAGAAUGUGCGUGUUGCAGGGGGUGUGUGUGUGCGUGUGCGCACAGGCACAAAUGGUUGCAAUGCAGGGGGAUCCCUGAGACCCUGCAGGCCACUAGAAAGACCACUAGAGAAGCUGGUUUCCUUAUUCAUGUCCCACCUCCACAUCACGUGCACCAUCCUCAACCUGCCAGGUGCGAGCCUGCCUAGGGACCUUAGCACUAGCUGUUCCCUCUGCCUGGUCUUUCCUCCCCUAGAAAUGCACAAGCCUCACUCCCUCACCUUCUUCACUCCGAUGGGACUUCUCAGUGAUGCCUCCUUUGAUUACCUUAUUCACCUUUGCACACCACUCCCCACCCUGUGCAGUCUGUAUAUCUCCCACCCCUGCUUUAUUUUUCUCUACAGAAUUUAUUAUAGAAUAGAAUAAGAUUAUAGAUAUAUAAUAUAAUAAGAUAAUAAGAUUAUAGAAAUAGUCUUAUUUUUUGGCUCCCGUGCUAGAAUGCAAGCAGGGCUUUAUCUGUUUCUCUUCAUGGCUGUGAACAGUGCCUGGCCCUUGGUUGGUGUGCAAUAAAUAUCAGUUGAGUGAAUGAGUUCAUACACCACCUAUACUUGUUUUCUUUAAACUGUCUAACUUUUGUUGCUGAAAUAUCCACUUUUACCUCUCCCUAAGCAGUACUGUACCUUUGAUGGAUUUAUUAUCCUCCUUUUCUAAUACACGUGAAAUUUACAUAACUAGUAAGAUGUUAUUAAGUAUCAGGGUACCACUUAAAUCCUUUUGCUCCCACUAGAGGUGUGGGGGUACCACACUCUAGGAAUCACUGGUCCAGGCCAAUCCCUUCUCUGAAACAAACACAUGGACAAACUGAAACCCGAAGAGGGUCAGGAACUAGUCCAGCACCUCACCCAUAUUGUGACAGAACAGACUGGAACCAAAUCCCCUGACCUCCAGCCUGCUUUCCUUUUGCAGUUGGAGGGACAAGGGGACGGUUCAGCCUCCCUCUGGCUGGAGACUCCUCCAGCUGGAGGGGAGCCACACAUGCCUGGUAACCGGCGAAUGGCAUGAGGGGAUGGCAGGGUCGGUAGCUUCCUGCCCGCUCAGGACCACAGCACCCUCCUGGCUGCAGGACUGCGUACUGAGUGGUGGGAGCCUUGGCCAUACCUUCCCUCCCAGGAGUCUGGGUCUGGGGCCAUCCAAGGGGGCCUGGGUGCUCACAUCCAGUAAGAGGCAGACCUGGUAUCAAACCUGGUUCUCUCCUGCUACAGCACAGUUAGCUAGAGGUUGACACUGGGGUUCCCUUGCUGAGAGGAUGCUGGAGGGGGAGGGGAAGGUUGGGCUGUGCCUGACUAUGAGCAGAAGAGGGAGACCAGCUCCAGGGAGGGCUGGAGAAGGUAGGGAGACAGACAGCGCCCUAGCCUGGUACAGUUAUACAAAGGUAGGUUUGUGCAAAAGGCUGAAGUUAAAUCCCCCUCAGGUGUGCACAAUGCUUUAUGCUAUAGAAAUAAUUUGUGCAUCUCAUUUGCUCAGCAGUGACUCUGCAAAGCAGCUAUAAUCAUCCCUGGUUUACUGAUGAGGAAGUUGAGACUCAGAGGUGAGGUGACUUACUAAAGGUAGCCCGCACAGGAUGCUUUGUUGAGCAGGACGUGGGAAGGGAACAGGCUGCACCUCUGGUUGGAUUUGGUAAAGGAGGGCUGUCUGGGGGAGGACAGACAGGCUGAAUAGAUAUGGGAGUAAGAGGCAGGAGUGGAGAGGGUAGACCACUCACUGGCCAAACUACUUUCGCGAAUCAUAAAACCUUUCUGAGCCUCAGUUUCCUCAUCUGUAAAAUGGGUAUGACAGUACUUCCAGUUCACAGCUUGCAAAGAUAAAUCAAAACAUAAUGUAGUAAUGCCUGGAACAUAAGAGGCGCUCAGUAAACAACAACCUGAGUAGUAAAAGUGAAGGGCGCCCAGCCUCUGGCGAGUUUGCCCUCGGAGGUCACCUGCCACAACCGAAAGAUUCUCAGCACCUUUCCCAGCACCUUCUUCAGCAGAUAUGAGUGAUCCUGAGAACAAAAGAGGGUUGAGAGGCCUGGGGGAGCGGUGAGGGGCUGCAGGCAGCUCGUCUAUCCCGGGGCCUGGCAGUGAGGAUGCCUCAGGGAGAAGCAGCAGCGUCCCCAUCCCUGCCCCAGCCCAGGAUGGGGCUCUGCUCUACAGGGUGGGGAGGCGAGCUGGGACUGCAGCGUGCUGGGGCCGUCAUUAUCAUUCCUCCAGCAUUUUUUUCUCCCCGUUAUUUAUUUUUCUGUGAGGAAGGAAUGUGGGGAAUUUACCACAGGGCGCUGGCCUUGCUUUGGGCAGUGCAGCGGCCUCUUCUAUGAGAGGGAAGCAGCAGAGACAGAUGGCUGGGGAGGUGGAGGCGGAGGAGGGUCCUGGCUGAAUCUGUGGCCCCGGUGGGGCGGUUAUGUAACCCACCCGGAGGCCCAGGGCAGAUACCACGGUGCUUCUGAGCUCUAGGCAUGUGCAUUCCCAUGUACAUAGCUCCCUUGGAACUCUACCUGGACCACCCCAGUCACCCUUAGCCUCUGGGCAAGCCCAGUGGUGGAAGUGUUCCUCUGUCAGAGGUGCCUUCCUCUCCAGCUGUCUUGACUGGAGGUGUGAGUGGAGGGGUGUAGAGGAUGGGGUGGGGACCACCUUGAGCCUUCCAGCCUCCACUGGCCUGUCCCAUUGCUUGAAAUACUUCCACAUCUCCAUCUUUCAAGACCUAGGGCAUAUGCCGCCUCCUCCAGGAAGACUUCCCAGAUUUCUUCAUCCUCGUUCAUCUAUCUCUUAAGCUCUGUAUUCUCCUGGCACUCGAUGGAAUAUUCUGCCUCUUGGAUCUAACACUGCCAUUUGAGGUUUCAUCUCCCUCUUCACCCAAAGUCUUGUUGCUACCUCCCUCCUUCCUCUCUCCCCUUCCUCGAGGAACCACCCUCUAGAUCUCUGAUCUAGAAUCUCCAUAACUCUGGGAUCUAGACACAUCGAGAAUUUGUCUCCUGGGGUGAAUGGUGGAGUGAAAUGUGAAGGUAGAUUUGGACUGUGGGAGUGCUCAUCCUUCAGUCAUUUGUUUAGUCAACACUUAGUGAACCCCUCCUGGGUGACGGCCUCUGCUGAGUCUGGGGAAUUUAGAGAGAAUGGGACCAACUCCAGCCCCAGGCUGCCCCAGGGCCAAGAGGAAGGGCUGUAUCUUUGUCGAGGGCCUUGGGCUGGGUGCUGGGGACCCUGAGAUAGACUAGGCUCAGCCCUGCUCCUGGCAGAGGCAUAGUUUAGGGGAAAUGCUCUCUCUCCCGCUCUGGCUCACCACCUUUACGUCUCCUGGAUUCACUGUUUUCUCUGGAAGGGUAGGGUGUGGUAGUCCUUUCUGUACUCUCAAGGCUCCCAGGGCUAGGAUGAUGGAGGCUGAUGCAGCAGGAGAGGGCUUGGGGGUCGCGGGGGAAGCCUGGCUUACCAGGGCUGGACUGGGGGAGGUGGGAGCCUGGGUCUGAACUCGGCUCCCGGUGAACCAGCCCUUUCCAGUUUGUUGUGCACCUGGAACUGAACCUGCCUCUCUCUGGGUCACCAUUUCCAAGUCCCUGAAAAUCUAACUGUAGAUUAGUGUUUAGGCCAGUAGAGCAGGCAGGAGGAAGGUGGUGGCUCCCGGCCUUUGGGAGAGGAGGACCGCAUAGCAGGGCCCUCAUCAGCCAGCAGUGAGCAGUGCCUGUGGCCUACAGGGAUACCUGCUAGCCAACACCCAUGCCGACCUGACUUAGCCCACCCACCCUGCCCUGCAUGAUCCCGAACCCCUGUCAGGGAGAUACCAGGAGUUGGGCCAGUCCCAGCCUCCUUCCCCUUGGGCCUUGGCUCCUGAGCUUCCUCAACCCGUUGUUUCCUUCAAGCCCUGCUCCUGCUGCGAGACCCCUGGGCCCGGUCGAGUAGGGGAGGGGCACUGAUCGAGGAGUCUGGAUGGAUUGAUGAAAGCUUCCUGGAGGAAGUGGCAGUUGGGCUGGGCCUGGGACAGUAGGUGGGAAAGUGAGUGUGCUUUGUGGGCUGAGCUCUUCAGAAGGAGGGGCCCAGGCUUGGGAUCAGUCAGACUCCCGGCUCCAGCUCUGCUCUGCCUGUCCCUUGCUGGCUGUAAGACCUGGGGUGAGUUGGCUAAUUCUCUGGGUCUCGUUUUCCUCAUCAAUAAAACAGAGGUAAGGGGGCCUCUUUUAUGAGUUGCUGUGAGGAUUCAGUGAGAAAAUAUAUGCUAAACCCUUAGCUUGGCAGCAUCUGGAGCUCCUCAUGUGUUGGCUGUUGUCAUCUUCAUUGACUCCAUCCUUUCUGCAAGCCCCCGGGGAAGGUGUAGGGGACAAGGCGAAGCAGUUGAGGGCCCUGUCCCCCGGCUCUUGCACUCUCUGGGGGAAGAUAAGACCCAGACCCUGACUGCUGCAAAGCAAGAUGUUGGGAGGAGGCAGCAGGGCCCAUGUGAUGGGUCCUGGGCUGGGUGCGGGGCCACCCUGGGUUCGAAUCCCAACUCUGCCUCUGGCUAGCUGUACCACUUAAGUCACUUCACCUCUCUGAGCCCGUUUCUCCUCUAACAUGGAGAUGAGGGGACUGCUGACCUCCUGGCUGCUGUUAAUGAAGCCAGGGCCUGGCAUGGGGCAUGUGGUGAGCACGCCCCGGUGAAAACUCUGACUAAAACAAAUAAUAUGCCAAGUGAUGAGGUUAUUAAGCGGUGCAGAUAAAACACUGAUGAUCUGGGGAUUGAGCGUGUAGAAAGGAUAGGAGACAGAGACGGGUUCCGGGUGGAGAGAUGGGCGCAAACCCACAGCGGAGGUUGGAACUCGCAGGGCAGGCGUGGCACCACGAGCCGCUGGACUCCCUCUGACGGUUGCUGAGGGCGCAGGGAGCAGGUGAGCGAGCUCUCGGGCAGACCCUGACAUCAGGGACCAUGAAUGCCAGGAUGAGGACUGGCUGCUUGAGCCCCCAUGUCCUGGAGAGGAGGAGAGAGGCCCCGACACAGAGUGGAGCCAGGCAGGAGGAAGACGGAUCUGGCAGCGUGGGGUGGGUAGAUUGUCGGGGGAGAGACUGGGGGCGGAGGGACCAUUUAAAAGGCUGUUGCGAAAUCGGUUUUCCUGAUAAAGAGCUAGGCUGAGUCAUCUGUGGAGGAGAGAAGUCACAUCCAGCUCCUCCGCGUUGCCGUCAACGUGGGAUUUUCCUCUGUGUCAGCUAGUCGAUUGGCUGCCUUUCGCGGAGGCUUUGAGAAGCAAGGCCGGCUCAGCAUUCGGAGGGAAGCUGGGCUGCAGGGAGGACCCAGCCGGACGCUGGGCCGGAGCACUAGCCUCACUGAGAAGGAUCUAAAAGAGGCCAAGGCGAGGAGCCAGCAGAUCGCAGCCCAGCUGACCACCCCUCCCAGCUCCAACUCCCGCGGCGUCCAGCUCUUCAACAGGCGCCGGCAGAGGGUGAACGAGUUCACCUUGGAGAGCCACGGCCAGAGGGGACAGAAGCCCGGCCAGGAGUCCCUCAGGGUGCCCCCCGCCAGCCCCACAGGCCAUGCCCCAGGGCUCAGCCUGAGUCCCACCUCCCUCCCUGAACCAGGCCCUCCGAGAAACCCCGCCUGCCAGAGCGCUGACACAGGGGUCCCUGGUCACAGCAUGGAGGGCUCCUCAGAGGAAGCCAACUUGCUGCGGCACCUGGAGAAGGUGGCCAGUGAGGAAGAGGAGGUACCACUGGUGGUUUAUUUAAAGGAGAACGCGGCCCUGCUGACGGCCAAUGGGCUCCACCUGUCCCAGAACCGAGAAGCCCAGCAGACACCCCCAACUCCACCUCCGGCGGAGGUCCACAGCCCAGCCACAGAUGCCAGCCAAAACCCUCCCUCACCCGGCGCCACGCUCAUCACUCCAGCUUCCAACAGCAACCACAACCUGCCAGCCACAGAUGUCGAUCAGAACCCACCGGCAACUGUCACCCCGCAGAGCCUGCCACUGUCCAGCGUCCAGCAGAAUUCCUCACAGGCACAGCUCCCGCCGAAGGGUGCGGUGCCAGAUUUCAAACCCAGCACCCCGUGUGCUGGUGGGCAACCCCAGGAGCCAGCCGCGGAGGUGAGAUCCAGCACCCUGCUAAUUGACAAGGUAUCGGCUCCACCUACCACCACCAGCACCUUCUCCAGAGAAGUGACUCCCAUCUCCAGCUCCAGGUCCCCAGCCCCAGAUUUCGUGUCCAGCUCCCUGCUCAUCGACAUCCAGCUUGGUGCCCCAGUGGCAUCCACAGAACAAGAGAUGUCUGGGCGGGCAGCUGCCACCACGCCCACCAAACUGUACAGCGAGGUCCACCUCACGCUGGCCAAGCCCCCAUCUGUGGUCAACAGGACGGCCAGGCCCUUUGGGAUUCAGGCACCGGGCGGCACGAGCCAGAUGGAACGAAGCCCCAUGGUAGAGAGACGACAUCUUGGAGAGAAGGGUCCCGCUCCCCGGCCCCCCAGCGUGGCAGACAGGAGCCCUCGGCCACAGAGACACAUCAUGUCCCAUAGCCCCAUGCUGGAGAGGAGGCCCGUGGCACAGCGAAGCCCCGCCUUGGAGAGACGCCCCUUGGGGAACUUCACCCCGCCCCCAACCUAUGCCGAGACCUUGUCCACAGCCCCCCUGACUUCCCGGGUUAGGUCUCCCCCCUCUUACUCUGCCCUGUACCCCAGCUCCGACCCCAAGCCUUCUCAUCUAAAGGGCCAGGCGGUUCCUGCCAGCAAGACGGGCAUUUUGGAGGAGUCGAUGGCCCGCAGGGGCAGCCGGAAAUCCAUGUUCACCUUCGUGGAGAAGCCCAAGGUGACCCCGAAUCCGGACCUGCUGGAUCUGGUACAGACAGCGGACGAGAAGCGGAGGCAGAGGGACCAGGGGGAGAUGGGCGUGGAGGAGGAGCCCUUCGCGCUGGGGGCCGAGGCCUCCAACUUCCAGCAGGAGCCCGCACCCCGGGACAGGGCCAGCCCCGCAGGUGCCGAGGAGAUUGUCCCCGAGUGGGCCUCAUGCCUCAAGUCACCGCGUAUCCAGGCCAAGCCCAAGCCCAAACCCAACCAGAACCUCUCCGAGGCCUCUGGGAAGGGGGCCGAGCUCUACGCCCGCCGCCAGUCCCGCAUGGAGAAGUACGUCAUCGAGUCUUCGGGCCACGCGGAACGGGCCCGCUGCCCUUCACCCACCAUGUCCCUGCCUUCGUGCUGGAAGUACCCCACCCACGCGCCCGGCGGCUUCCGAGUGGCGUCCCGAAGCCCCGCUCGAACCCCACCUGCCUCCCUCUAUCACGGCUACCUGCCUGAGAAUGGGGUCCUGCGCCCAGAGCCCUCCAGGCAGACACCCUGCCAGCUGCGGCCCUCACUCUUUGUCCUCUCACCCAUCAAGGAACCUGCCAAGUCCUCGCCCACAGCCGCCUCGCCUGCCAAGCCGAGCUCCCUGGACCUGGCGCCCAGCCUGCCCAAGGCGGCCCUCCCAUCGUCGCCUGCCCUGCCUCGGCCCUCCCGCUCCUCCCCCGGCCAGGAUGGCCUCCAGCCCACUGCCCUGAGCCCUACUUACAGCAGUGAUGUCUCGCCCGUGUCUCCCUCCAGGGCGUGGUCUCCCCGAGCCAAGCAAGCCCCCAGGCCCUCCUUCUCCACCCGGAAUGCCGGGAUCGAGGCUCAGGACCGCCGAGAGAGCCUGCCCACCUCCCCGCCCUGGACGCCGGGCGCGUCCCGGCCCCCCAGCAGCCUGGACGGCUGGGUGAGCCCGGGGCCGUGGGAGCCGGGCCGCGGGAGCAGCUUGAGCAGCCCCCCGCCGCUGCCGCCGCCGCCGCCGCCCAUGUCCCCCUCGUGGAGCGAGCGCUCCGUAUCCCCUCUGCGACAUGAGACCGAGGCGCGGCCCCCCAGCCGCCAGCUGCAGGCGCUCCUGGCGCGAAACAUCAUCAACGCGGCCCGGCGCAAGAGCGCCUCCCCGCGGCCGGCGGGCGCUGAGAGCCUUCGGCCCUUCUCCCCGCCGAGAGCGCUGCCACCGCCGCCACCGCCGCCGCGCAUGCGCUCGCCCCUGCCGUCCCGACCCGGCCAGGCCGCGGACCCCGGGACAACGUUCGCUCCCAUCCCCCGGAACCCACUGCCCGCCGGGCCCUCGCCCUGCGCUAGUCCCCGGAGCCCGCUGCCCGCGCGACCCAGGCCCUUCCCCUACCGCCGCUCGCCCACGGACUCCGAUGUGUCCCUCGACUCCGAGGACUCUGGGGCUAAGUCGCCCGGCAUCCUCGGCUACAACAUCUGUCCCCGCGGAUGGAACGGCAGCCUGAGGCUCAAGCGUGGCAACCUACCCACGGAGGCCUCCUGCACCACCUAAAGGCUUCCCCGCCCACACCCCAUCCCUGCCCCGGGAGAGCCGAGCGAGAAGAAGUGUCGUGGGGCUUGGGAGCUCCCAGCACCAUGUCCCCAAGGGUCUGGCCUCUUUGAUAGCCCCAGAGAUAAGGGGUCAGGGGAGGAGAGCUCUGGGCUUGGAGGUGGGGUGGUGAUCCAAGCUUGGGUUCUAGCCCUUGCUCUGUCAUUCAGUCAUUGUGGGAAAGACCCUUCUUCUGCUCCUCAGCUUUCCCAUCUGUUUAAUAGAGCUUUGGCCAAGGCAAUCUCCAAACUUCUAAAUUACCCCUUCUAUCAGUACACACACACUAGUGCCUUGGAAGAGGCAGGGUGUUGUAUGUAUGGACCCCUAGACUUGCUGCAUUGCAGGGUUCCAUACUCUCCACCCCCCCCCCCCUCCUGGCUCUGAUCUCUGGAGUCUGGUAAAUGAGGGGUGUGUUCAGAGGAUCGUACGCCUGGGUUCCUUGUCCAGGCCCUGGCUUGACCAUCUGCCUCCCUGGCACCAAGUCCCAGGCAGGAGCAGCUGUUUUCCAUCCCUUCCCAGACAAGCUCUAUUUUUACCAUGGUGACCUUUAGAGAGGGUCUCCCAGGCCAGCUCAAGGUGCCCUGCUGGCUUCUCUGGAGAGAAGAGGAGGGAAGAUUCCUCCUCUCAGAUCCCUCUCAGUCUUUUCUCCAUCCCAAUUCAGGCUUCCCAGGGUCUCCAGGAAUGAUGCUAUAGGUGUCUCCAACCCAUCUAUCCCUUCCGGGCCCUUUCAUGGCAGGCUCUGGGCUCAAAGCUGAGCCGGGCAGAGAAGAGUUGAUACGGAGCUAUCUGGUAUCCUCUGGCUUUACCUGGUAGCCCUGAAUUUGAGGUUGCCCAUUUGGAAAGAGGGAGGCAAAGAGUUCUUUGUUAUGGGUGGUAUGCCAGCAGUGGCCAGGAUGCAUAGAGGAGAUUCUAGUAGGGAAUGGACUGGCUCAGAUGACCUCUGGGGGCUCUUCCAGUCCUGAAAUGCAUUCCACAGUAUUAGGAAGGGAGGGAGAGUAGUGCUGGAGGAUUGGCUAGGGAGAUGAGCUUGGGUGGGUGAGUGAGGGGUUAGACCAGAGUCUGCCUGUGUUUCUGGUUCCUUAGGAAGUACUCCACUCUUCAGUUUCAGGCCCCAGCAUCCAUACUGUGCCCAGAUGAUGGGGCCCUGUUCUGCCUCAUCUCUUUCCCAUCACACUCUGGCCUAGCCAGUGUCUGGUGCCCAGUGACCUUGGGGAGCCUGGCUGCAGG